GCUAUAGGUUUUUCGCCUUUGGUAGGAACUAGCCACUACCUUAGGUGCUUAACUGUGAGACUGCUUUUCCUUAAAAUACUUUAGUUUGCUUGUGGAAGGAGGUAUUGACAAGUGUUCGUUUCUUUCCCGGCGCUUAAUACUUUUAAAAUCCAUGAUAUAUUAAAGGAAGGGUCGUCAGCAGUUUGAAUGAAGUUGAGAAGAGCGCCAUGUCAUCAUGUGUUUCAAACAGGCAUACUAUGGAGCAGUCUGUUAGUCAGGAUGAACAAUGUAUCAGUGACACAGAGAAGCAGUCCGAUAUUGUCUGCAGCCUGUCAUCUCUGAAAAUUAACAUAGGCAUGGAGUCUUUCAUCGUGGUUACAGAAUAUGAUCAAAGUGCCUCAGGUGGGGAGCCUGGACACAGAGACCAAGGAGAGAUGGAAACUGAGCAUAUGGAGCACAGCAGAGAUGAGACUUUGCCUAGUUGUUACAUGCCUGCGGAAGGAGGGCUUUCUGAACAAUCUACAAAAGAUCUGUUACAGGAGGUGAGAGGGACAAGAGCAAAGCUAAAUCUGUCUGAUAGGAAACUCUCCCUUCAGGAAAGAUCUCAGUCUGCCCACUCUCUCAGUAGCACUUCAGACAUGAAUGGACGUUACAUUUACCCAUCUCUUCCAUAUUCUCCAGUUACAUCUCCACAUUCAUCUCCUCGGCUGCCACGGAGGCCAACUGUAGAAUCCCACAGAGUUUCCAUUACAGAUUUACAGGACUGUGUACAGUUAAACCAGUAUAAGCUGAAAGAUGAAAUUGGCAAGGGCUCCUAUGGAGUUGUCAAGCUGGCUUAUAAUGAAGAUGACAACACAUAUUAUGCAAUGAAAGUUCUGUCAAAGAAGAAACUUAUGAGGCAAGCAGGUUUCCCACGUCGCCCACCUCCUCGAGGUGCUAAAACAGUUCCUGAAGGUUCUGCCCAGCCAAAAGGUCCACUUGAGCGUGUGUACCAAGAGAUUGCCAUUCUUAAGAAGUUGGAUCAUCCAAAUGUAGUUAAACUUGUUGAGGUGCUUGAUGACCCCAGUGAAGACCAUCUGUAUAUGGUAUUUGAGCUGGUAAAGCGGGGUCCAGUAAUGGAUGUCCCUACUGAUGCACCUUUUACAGAAGAUCAGGCCCGCUUCUACUUGCAAGACUUAGUCAAAGGAAUUGAGUACUUGCACUAUCAGAGGAUAAUACACCGUGAUAUUAAGCCUUCUAACCUGUUGGUUGGAGAAGAUGGGCAUGUCAAGAUUGCUGACUUUGGAGUGAGUAACCAGUUUGAAGGCACCGAUGCCCUCCUGACAAACACUGUUGGCACCCCAGCAUUUAUGGCUCCCGAGACUCUCUCAGAAACCAGAAAGAAUUUUUCUGGAAAGGCACUGGAUGUUUGGGCUAUAGGAGUUACUCUUCACUGUUUUGUAUUUGGACAGUGCCCUUUUAUGGAUGAUAAAAUAUUAUCUCUGCAUCAGAAGAUUAGGAACCAGCCCGUGGAAUUCCCAGAGCAGCCAGAUGUUUCAGAAGAUGUGAAAGAUCUGAUUUUGAAGAUGUUAGAUAAAAAUCCAGAAACUCGAAUAACUGUACCACUUAUUAAGAUGCAUCGUUGGGUUACAAAACAUGGUGUUGAACCACUGCCUUCAGAAGAUGAAAACUGCACACUUGUUGAAGUAACGGAAGAAGAGAUUGAAAAUUCUGUCAAGCAUAUCCCUAGCUUGGCAACUGUGAUUUUGGUCAAAACAAUGCUUCGUAAAAAAUCUUUUGGAAAUCCAUUUGAUGGAAGUAAGCGAGAAGAAAGAAUGUUAUCGGUCUCUGGAAAUGUACUUACAAAACAAGGAAGCUGGGAAAGUGUGAAGAGCAGUGACCUGCCCAGUGUUGAAGAAGAUGAAGUCCUGUCGUGAUGGAUGAAAAAGAACUGGUUUGUCUAGUCCAGGGUGUUCCCAAGCAGUAUGCAAAGGGAUCCAGAAGAAUGAGAAUAAGUCACUCUGCACAAUGUGUUCUCCAUGGCUAUAUGCAUUUUACAGAAUCCUUUGGAAUGCACAACCUUUUUGGUUGCAUAUUUUGCAUUUCAUUGACUGAAAUUGGGUAUCUAUCACAUAAAACACCAACAUGGGGUCUGCAGAGUAGUCUGGUGAGAAAGCAGCUAAGGGCAACAUGUAACUUUUCCUUCCAAUAUAAGGGCAUGUUCGUCUUGCAGUGCUUUGGCUGCCAUAAAAGGUAAGCCUUGCAGUGCAGGCCAUCUGCUGAGCUGCAGAUAGCUGUUUAAUAUACUUGAAUCAUUGGCUUUGAAUGCCAGAACAUUUACUUACACUCAACUUUAAACAGUUUACAAUGUUAUUUAGCCUUUGUACUAACUGGGUAUAGUAACAGGUAGAUAGUUUUGCUAAAUAAUAUACAUCAUUUUAAAUGAGUCUAAAGAAGUGUGCAUUUACAGAUUUUACACAAUAUAAAAAUAAUGCUUAUUGUAAUAAUUGUUUUUUUUGAGUGGACCGUGGUGUCAUGAUGAUAUUUUUAAGAGUGAGUGCGGGUCAGUUGUAUACAGUAUUUUCAGUUAGCCAGUAUACUUUACAAAAGAAUACUGCAUUCUUUUAAGCACUGCAUGCCAAAAUUAGCAGAGAUAUUGUGUAUCUCUUCUGUAGUGUGGCUUUGGUUUUUGACUUAGCUUAUACAGCUCAAUGCAAAGCUUUUUAAGUGGUUAAACUGCGAAAUUGGAAGUAUUACAUGUGCCACAGUCACACCACUCUAGAAGAUUGCUAAGCAUUUUCUCUAACAUUCUCAGCAUAUCAGAAACUGAGAGAAAGAAUAGUGAAACGUUAUCAUUUCAUACAGUUUGAAGAUGCAAAAUUAAAACUGUAUUAGUUCAUACUAAUACGUAACAGCUGUACACUGGUGCUAGAGCGAGUGGCCUUUAAAUAAUAAUACUAAAGAAAUGCAUUUGUUUAAAGUAGUUGGACAGUGUUGUUCAUGAGAACUUCCACGUACAUCUUAAGCUAUGUCAGUUUAGAUGGUUAAUUGCAUUUAGCCUUUCAAGAAAAAGUAUCUGAUGCAGACAUGCAGAGCAUUCACUAUUGCAAAGAGCAAACAUAUUUACUGAAAGUUUUGUAGUUGUUAGCACAAAAAGCAGUAUAGUUGUUAGCAUAAAAAGCAGUAAGAAUUCAGAACAAGUUAAUUGCUGCUUUAGUAAUUUUUGGCUUAUAGAGAUCACCAAUAAUAUUUAGAUAGCAAGUGCUUGGGGAAUAGCCAUAUUUCAUUCACUAAAUACUGCUGUGGAAGUGUUAAAAGAAACAUGUUGGGACUUGUGACUUUAGCAUACAAAGCAGAACUAGUCUAGCUAAGAAAUGUCCUGUAGUCCCCAGGAUAUUAUUACCUCACUUUUGCCAGAUUACCUAGAUGGUAAUACUUCACUUUUGCUUCUUAUAAGGCAAAAGAGCCACAUGCUUAAGCUGUGUUGUCAUUUCAUGCAGGCUAAAGUUACAAAUGACUCAAGUAUAGAAUCAUCAAAAUAAUUAACCAAAUUUUUCGGGGGGGGGGGGGGUCAACAAAAUGCUCAUAUAUCAUCAUGCAAAACAUCUUGAGCUCGCUGUCUCUCUCUCUGUAUAUAUUGUUACAAACACACUUUCAGAUUGUGUUCAAAUAUGGAUACAUAAAACUAAAGGGACCUUUACUCUGUUUUUAUGUUCUGUCACUUGGCCUUUCACACAGCUCUGUAAAAUAUGUCAAGAGAUGAGUUAUGUAGAUGGUGCACUGGAAACUGCUGCUAAAGGGGUAGGGGAACAAUCUUUAACAGCUUGCGUACAUACUUCAGGAAGCUCUACUUUACUUGCACGUUUUUUAACUUGGAUAUGCUGGCAUUCUCCUUUUGUUUCCUUUUUGCCUGGCAUUCUUUACAUGCAUACUUGUUUUAAGCAUAUGGUACUACAGAACUGUAAGAAAGUGUAUGAGCUACUUCAUUUUGUUUGUCCAGGGUGAAACACAAGAUACAUAGAUGACUGUUGAAUGGAAUCACUCAAGUAUUCUGUGUCUUUGUCUUCAUACUCAGCCUUUGCAGUUGCAUGACAGGCACUUAAAGUAUAAGUGCAAUGCUGCUUAAAGCAAAACUGGUCAAAAUGUGUGGGAUGAUGCUUUUCAUUGUAGGAUCUUGUGUGAUUUUUUUAUUUGUUUAUUAUCUGCAGUUUUCUUCUGACCCUUUCUUUGGUAACAGUUCAUGAACUUGAGCUAACAGGGGAGUUUUUAGCUUAUUUAACUAUACAGGUCAGGCAAAUAAACCUGGACAAGAUUAAAGUUUAAAGCAUGGUAGUCAGGUAGUGAAUAAAUGUAUUUCUUGCUUUUUAUUACAUCCAGACAGCAUGGCUUGGCGUCCUAAUAGUGUUGCAUUUUGCUUUUCUUCUGUGCACUGAAAUAAUUUGCCUUUAACCUCUGCUUUUGCACAUAAUGAUACUGCAGCUUGUUAUCUCUGUAAUGUUGUUAGCUAAAAAGGCUAGAAGACUGUGUAAAUUCUUUCCAAGAUUGUAUAUUUUGCUUGGCAACUUUUUAAGCUUUUUUAAAAAAAUAUUGUUUAUUUAAUAUUACUGUAGAAUUAUAAGAUUAUUAUAUAUGCUUGAUCACUAACACUUUAA